AGCUGGUAUUUAGAGUCUCGAAUUUAAAUAUUUUAUAUGUGCAGUUCUUGAGAAAAGAAGAUAUCAGGUUUUGGCUAUUAUUGGAUUUACCAUUUAGGCCCCUAAAUGAAAUAUUUAAUAUAAAACGUUUUGUAUUGCAUUUUCAUAUUAUGGCGGUUCGUAUCGUCUAUGGUACAGAGGUUAUGUUCUACGGGCCAUAUUGCUGAAAGCAGUGAUGAGUGAAUUAUGGCUGUCUUUUUAACUCUCAGAUACAUGAAACGUAUUUAUGAAUUAAGCUUUUAAAUCAUAAUAACAUCCGGAAUAUUGGGCAGCAGAACUUCAGUUGUAUGAAGUUUGAGAUACCGAAUUAUUUAAACGUGUUGCAUAUUGAAGGCUAAUAGUGAACGAAAAGGAUUCCAUACUUGUACUGCUGAAAGACUUUGAAAUGGAAAACUGCAGAGAGUUUUCUACUCUAAGUGAAACAAAGUUGAAAGUGAAAAAGUGCCUGGAGAAUGAAGAAUCAAUGAAAAUGACGUUACAGAGAACUAAGAAGAUGAAGGUUAUGUGGGUUGUGGGGACGUGUUGUCUGGUAGAAGUUUACCAAAAUUUACGAGGUCCUUGCUGCAUCAGUCAUCAAGGCUGUGUCAUUUUCGUAGUCAUUGCCGCAAGAAACUCACAUUCUACUUAUAAAGUAUUGCUGGAUUGUUUGAUGUGGGUAGUGAUAUGACCAAGACUUGAAAUUUGUUUUGCUGUUAGCUAUUUGAGUAGAUUAAUUGGAAGCAUCCGACGUUUGUGUUAUUUUAUUUAAUAUCCACUAGAUUUUGAAUCAACACACGAUAAACAGAAGUAGGAUGGUGUUGUACAUAGUUUUGUGGAUAUUGACUGGGUUGAUGACCUAAUGGACAGUUAGUGUUUUUUAGGUUAUGUAUUCGGAGUGUUCAAUGGUGUUAUGUCAUGGGGUGAUAAGAAACAGCCUUCAUUAGCUUUAUCAACUAAAGAUGAGUACAUGGCAAUUAAUGCAGAAAUGUGUGAAGUGCUGUGGCUUGAAAUUAGAUGUGAGAGGUCUAAUAUUAGUUUCUGGAGACAUCUUAGGAUGCAUUAAUUUGGCAGCUACAACUGACAGCCGAAAGACUAAACAUGUUGAUGAUAAAGCAGCCAUAUCAAAAUGAUCACCUUCUUUGUAGCGCCCUAUUAUGACGAAGAAUCCUCGGAGCAUGAGAUUAGUGACGGCUGUUUUAAGACCAUUACUGGCAUUGUGUAUCUGGACAUGCUCCAACAGUUCCUCAUUCCUCAACUUGACGAAGAUGACCAGGAAGGACGCAGCCACUUCCAGGAAGACGGUGCACCCCUCGUUACCUCGGAGAAGUGUACGAGUACCUCAACAACCGUUUCCCAGGUGCCGAAAUUGCCGCCAUGGAAGAGACGGCGAUGCACGGUCCGCAAAACACCUAUUCUACCUGCACAUUGCUCCAUCAUUGGUUUUCCAGAAUUAGAUGAAGUCUUAUCUGGAAUAGACGACUUUUUACUUCGGUGCAAAAGAUGUCCGGCAGCUCAGAAGGGACGUGAGGAAGACUACUCUUACACGGACUACAAAGAUGAAGAUUAUCCUUCCUAUCCCGUACUUCGAGAGUUACCGCUGAGUCAGAAUCGAAGUGACGUUCCUGUUGUUUCUGCGUGCAGGGCUGCCAAUGCUGUCACUUCACAACUUGGUCCUGGAAGGAAUCCUUCAGUACUGCUUUAGUCAUCUGGGCGCCCUGUCGAUAGAGGCAGUGAGGAACUCCGAAACGUCUGUAAACAUCUACCAGACUACGCGGCGCAACGUCCCAGAAGACAUAAAUCAA